AUACCUACUUGAACCUUAACCGCAUCUGCUGUCUGGCACGUCCUUCCAGUCGACCAUUUUAACAGCCGGUCGCUAACGAGAGCCCUGAACGAACGGCAACAUGUACCACGAGAAAAAGAUGAGUUCCAGCCGCCGGCACCACUUGAAGAGUUUGAUCCUGUCGAUCGGCGCCAAAUGGAUCCAGCAGGAGAAGAAAGAAGCGGAGGCGGCCAAGCGGGACUACUUGGCCGAGACGUGCGGCAGGCCCGGCCUCGGCGGGGACCAGACCGCGCUCAUGGAAACGUGCAGGAAGCUGAACGCCCUCAUCGAGAAAGUGGACGAGGAGAGAUACGACCUGUCGGUCAAAGUCGGAAAAGCUGACAAAGAGAUCGAGGACCUGAAGAUCAAAGUGAUCGACCUGGCGGGCGUCAAGAAGCCGGCGCUGAAGAAGGUGCGCAUGUCGGCCGACGCCAUGCUCAAAGCGCUGCUGGGCUCCAAGCACACCGUCAACAUGGAGCUCCGGGCCAACCUCAAGCAGGUCAAGAAGGAGGUCAAGGAGGAGCCGGCGGAGGCAGUGGGCGACUGGCGAAAGAACAUUGAGGACAAAGCAGACAGGAAGAAGAUGUUUGAGUCAUCCUAA